AUUUUGAAACCUCUUCGCGCACUCUGGUUAUGUUUUCAAGCUAGAGGAUGUCUGACAGCGCAGAAUCUCCCACAGAGCCACAGAAAGAAGAAUCAUCAACACAGAAUCAACAGAAUGUCGCAGCAGACUCCGGAGAUACUGCAAAGACGGAGGAGAAGAAGAAGAUCGAUGUGCUGCUGAAGGCAGUAGGAGACACUCCUAUAAUGAAGACUAAGAAGUGGGCAGUAGAGAGAGGGAGGACUGUUCAGUCUCUUGCUCAGUUCAUCUCACGCUUUCUUAAACUUGAGCCCAGCGAACAACUGUUUAUUUAUGUUAAUCAGUCAUUCGCGCCAUCACCAGAUCAAGAAGUGGGUGUCCUUUUUGACUGUUUUGGCAGUGAUGGGAAACUUGUUCUUCAUUAUUGCAAGUCACAAGCCUGGGGAUGACCUUUUUACACACACACACACAGUUAAUGUGCUUGUCAGUUUUUAUAAUGACUAAUUAUUUGUUGUUUUUCUUUAUGUAAUAAAUGUAAAUAAAUUAUUAUGAAACUA